AUGUCCAGCUGUCCCUCCCCCAUGGCAUGCCCCACCCACUUCUCUGGCUCACCAGCGAUGAAGAUCUACAUCGAUCCCUUCACCUACGAGGACCCCAACGAAGCCGUCCGAGAAUUCGCCAAAGAGAUAGACGUGUCCUGUGUGAAGAUUGAGGAGGUCAUUGGUGCAGGUGAAUGGGAAGAGGGGAAACUUAAAAUUCAGUAACAUGGGGGACAAUCUCUCUGCCUCUGCUGCAAUGAAAGCUGUGAAUCUAUAAUUCUCUCUUCCACUUCCUCUCUACCUGUAUCUGGGUGUGGGAUGAAGGAACUGUCAGAGAAAUCUGGUCUUACCUCAGAUAUUUUGUUUCUAAAAACCACUAUUUCCAUCUAAUUUGAUUUGCUUUUAGAGAGAAAGAACCAUGUCCACUUAACAGACUUGCUCUCUUAACAGAGGGCAAUUUUAGCCACUAUCUCAGUGAAAACUGAUAAUAUAUAACCAGACUCCUUUCCAUUCAUCUAUAUUUCAUGCUGAUUUUAUCUGCCGUUUUUCUUUUUUUUUUACUUGACUUGAUAUAUUCAUGCAUUCAGCAAAAUACGCACUGACUCGUGUCUGACAUGUGGGGACUUGUCUUAUGACCCUGAAACGGUGCUCUAUGUUAUGGGGCACCACAAGGAGCCAGAGUGUAACACUCUCUUCAUCGCUGUGUCUGUCACAUAUACAGUGUUUUAAUUUUAUGGGGACUUUUGAUUGUACAUGUGCUAUAUCUAUUAGAAUAUCAGCUUGCAUACUGGUAGUUUGCUUUGUAAUAAUGAAAUUGAUCAGUUAUACCAUGUCUUUCCCUCCAGGCGAGUUUGGAGAGGUGUAUAAGGGUCGCCUGAAGCCAUCUGGGAAGAGGGAGCUGUAUGUGGCCAUUAAGACCCUGAAGGCGGGCUACGUGGAGAAGCAGAGGAGAGACUUCCUGUCUGAGGCCAGCAUCAUGGGCCAGUUUGACCACCCCAACAUCAUCAGACUGGAGGGCGUGGUCACCAAGAGUCGGCCAGUCAUGAUCAUCACAGAGUUUAUGGAGAAUGGGGCCCUGGACUCCUUCCUGAGGGUGAGAGAGGGAGCGCUGCUUUGUUAUUCUGGUUGUGUCCUAAAUGUCACCCUAUUCCCUUUAUAGUGCACUACUUUUGAGCCGGGCCCAUAGGGGGCAUGGUCAAAAGCAUACAGUGCACUUUAUAGGGAAUAGGGGGCCAUUUGGGACGCAUACUCCCAUUUUACCUCCUCUGUUCAGCACACCAGCCCUGGCUACAGCUUUCACCUCUGUUGCAUCAUACUGUACACUGGGUUGAGCUAUAGGGCCACUGUGUGGUUUCAUAUAUCAAUCAUAUUGAUUGAUCAGCUAAAGCUUUUAUUGCUAAUUUGACAGUCUCACACAAACAGUGAAGUAUGAUUAUUGAGAUUAGUUGUUAAAAGGAUUAUGACAAUGAAGAUUUAAAGCUACCUGGAGGAUACAUUUAUUUCAAUAUAGCAGGGAAUUGAGAUCUGAUUAACAACUUUGGCAUGAAUGCGCAAAAUGUCUUAUAUUUAUCAAUAACCUUCGAUAUCUCGUAAUAUAAUUCAUGAGAUUAACAUAAAUGAAAUUGUUCCACCCAGAGCCCUUUGAAGCAGCGUAGCUAACACACAGGGCCCUGAUUCAAAGUGCCAGCCUGGCACAGUUUAGUGUUUCUUCUUCCUCCUUGGAAACAGAGAACAUGGAACCCAAUCAAUAUGUGGCCCAGUUUUCUAAUUCCUCCAACCUGUUUCCUCCUCCCUUUGAUCCUGGACUCAUUUGAAACAGGGCUUUGAACACCUCUUUGAUGUCCUUUCCCUCACUAGGCCCUCUUCCGAGCCACCGCACUUGACUCCCGUGGACAUCGAUUUCUGGGUUGUUUUUCUCCUGGCAUGCCCAUGUUGCUGGCGCAGGGAGCCAACAGUUGAAUGAGCGCCCUGCUUGGUGUGUUGGAGGUACCCACUGAAGCCACAGCGUAGGGUCAGACCUGCUGUGCCUCACGGGAGAGGGUUAUCCACCUUGGUGGGGGCCGCUAACAAACAGCCAAGCUGAGGAUAAGGAGCAGAGACAGAGAGCGAUCACAGACAUGGAUCCAAUGUGGGGCUUAACAGACACACACACACACUCCUUACACAGGCCCCAAGUCAAGUGGAACACUUAUUACAUCAAUGAAUGACAAUUUGGUAACAUUUGGAAAAGGGCAUAUAUGGUGCUCUUUCUCAAUACCCAAUAACUAGAAAUAUUUGCACAAAGAAACUGCCCCACCAAUUAUUUUUUUCCAGAGUCAAAUGUGUGAGGAUCUUUUAAACCUAACGUUUGUACCUUUGCAUUUUCAACACAGUGAGAACAUUUUAGAGAGAUAAUUGGAGUAUCAUUAUGCCAAGUAUCUGGCACUUUAUUAUGUCAUUAACUCCAAUGUGACAUCAUUUCCUCUUUACCCCCUGGCCCUGCCCUGCAGCAAAACGACGGGCAGUUCACGGUGAUCCAGCUGGUGGGGAUGAUGCGUGGCAUCGCAGCGGGCAUGAAGUACCUGGCAGAGAUGAACUACGUCCACAGAGACCUGGCCGCCCGCAACAUCCUGGUCAACAGCAACCUGGUGUGCAAGGUGUCCGACUUUGGCCUGUCCCGCUACGUACAGGACGAAACAUCAGACCCCAUCUAUACCAGCUCCCUGGUGAGUACCCUGUCUGGCUGGCCUUUCUCCUCCCAGUCUGUUUGGAAAACAUUCUACAUUUCUUCUUCUUAUGGUCCAGUACACAGUGAGACAUCUCGUUGUCAAGAGAGAGUUGGGUGAUUCAAUAGUUGACAUGGCCAUGGUUAUCUUUGUGUCUGUGGUGAUCAUACUGCCAACUGUAAAGUUUGGUGGAGGAGGAAUAAUGGUCUGGGGCUAGGCCCCUUAGUUCCAGUGAAGGGAAAUCUUAACGUUACAGCAUACAAUGACAUUCUAGACGAUUCUGUGCUUCCAACUUCGUGGCAACAGUUUGGGGAAGGCCCUUUCCUGUUUCAGCAUGACAAUGCCCCCGUGCACAAAGCUAGGUUCAUACAGAAAUGGUUUGUCGAGAUCGGUGUGGAAGAACUUGACUGGCCUGCACAUAGCCCUGACCUCAACUCCGUUGAACAACUUUGGAAUGAUUUGGAACACCGACUGCGAGCCAGGCAUAAUAGCCAAACAUCUGUGCCUGACCUCACUAAUGCUCGUCGCUGAAUGGAAGCAAGUCCCCGUAGCAAUGUUCCAACAUCUAGUGGAAAGCCUUCCCAGAAAUGUGUAGGCUGUUAUAGCAGUAAAGGUGGGACCAACUCCAUAUUAAUGGCCAUGAUUUUGGAAUGAGAUGUUCGACGAGGAGGUGUCCACAUACUUUUGGUCAUGUAGUGUAUCUUAUACUGUAUCAAAAUAUAUACAGUACAUCUAUGAUCCUCUGUAGCUCAAUUGGUAGAGCAUGGCGCUUGUAACGCCAGGGUAGUGGGUUCGAUCCCCGGGACCACCCAUACGUAAAAAUUUAUGCACACAUGACUGUAAGUCACUUUGGAUAAAGGCGUCUGCUAAAUGGCUUAUUAUUAUGAUUAUUCAGCAAAAUGCACGUUGAUGAAUUGUGAUGAUCCUUCUCACAAUUCUCUGUUUAGAACUUGAAGACAUGUUCCGGAACAUUGGCAACUGCUAAGUCUUUUUAAACCUCUCGCUUUGGGCUGGAUGUGUCAAUGUGUAGUUCAUACAUGAAUAAUCUAUGAGCAGAAUUACUGUCUUACCUCAACUAGCCACUAAAUCCCUAGUUUGAAAGCAACUGUCUGGAAGUUGUGCUGUGCCAUUUUCCCUACAUUUCCCCACGUUACAUUUUUUUAUUUCACCUUUAUUUAACCAGGUAAGCCAGUUGAGAACAAGUUCUCAUUUACAACUGCGACCUGGCCAAGAUAAAGCAAAGCAGUGCGAUAAAAACAACAAACACAGAGUUACAUAUGGAAUAAACAAAACGUACAGUCAAUAACACAAUAGAAAAUCUAUAUACAGUGUGUGCAAAUGUAGUAAGUUAUGGAGGUAAGGCAUUAAAUAGGUCAUAGUGCAAAAUAAUUACAAUUUAGUAUUAACACUGGAGUGAUAGAUGUGCAGAAGAUGAUGUGCAAAUAGAGAUACUGGAGUGCAAAUGAGCAAAAUAAAUAACAAUGUAAAUAACAAUAUGGGAUUGAAGUAGUUGGGUGGGCUAAUUACAGAUGGGCUGUGUACAGGUGCAGUGAUCGGUAAGCUGCUCUGACAACUGAUGCUUAAAGAUAGUGAGGGAGAUAAGUGUCUCCAGCUUCAGAGAUUUUUGCAGUUCGUUCCAGUCAUUUUUAGCAGUGAACUGGAAGGAAUGGCAGCCAAAGGAGGUGUUGGCUUUGUGGAUGACCAAUAAGAUAUACCUGCUGGAACGCAUACUACGGGUGGGUGUUGCUAUGGUGACCAAUGAGCUAAGAUAAGGCAGGGAUUUGCCUAGAAGAGAUUUAUAGAUGACCAGGAACCAGUGGGUUUGGCGACAAAUAUGUAGUGAGGGCCAUCCAAUGAGAGCGUACAGGUCACAAUGGUGGGUAGUAUAUGGGGCUUUGGUGACAAAAUGGAUGGCACUGUGAUAGACUACAUCCAAUUUGCUGAGUAGAGUGUUGGAAGCUAUUUUGUAAAUGACAUCACCGAAGUCAAGGAUCGGUAGGGUAGUCAGUUUUACGAGGGAAUGUUUAGCAGCAUGAGUGAAGGAGGCUUUGUUGCGAAAUAGGAAGCCAAUUCUAGAUUUAACUUUGGAUUGGAGAUGCUUAAUGUGAGUCUGGAAGGAGAGUUUACGGUCUAACCAGACACCUAGGUAUUUGUAGUUGUCCACAUAUUCUAAGUCAAACCCGCUGAGAGUAGUGAUUCUAGUCGGGCGGGAGGGUGCAAGCAGCGUUCGAUUGAAGAGCAUUCAUUUAGUUUUACUAGUGUUUAAUAGCAGUUGGAGGCCACGGAAGGAGUGUUGUAUGGCAUUGAAGCUCGUUUGGAGGUUUGUUAACACAGUGUCCAAUGAAGGGCCAGAUGUAUACAAAAUGGUGUCGUCUGCGUAGAGGUGGAUCUGAGAGUCACCAGCAGCAAGAGCAUUGAUAUACACAGAGAAUAAAGUCGGCCCGAGAAUUGAACCCUGUGGCACCCCCAUAGAGACGGCCAGAGGUCCAGACAACAGGCCCUCCGAUUUGACACAUUGAACUCUAUCUGAGAAGUAGUUGUUGAACCAGGCGAGGCAGUCAUUUGAGAAACCAAGGCUAUUUAGUCUGCCAAUAAGAAUGCGGUGAUUGACAGAGUCAAAAGCCUUAGCCAGGUCGAUGAAGAUGGUUGCACAGUACUGUCUUUUAUCGAUUGCGGUUAUUAUAUCGUUUAGGACCUUGAGCGUGGCUGAGGUGCACCCAUGACCAGCUCGGAAACCAGAUUGCAUAGCGGAGAUGGUACGGUGGGAUUCGAAAUUGUCGGUGAUCUGUUUGUUAACUUGGCUUUCAAAUACUUUCGAAAGGCAGGGCAGGGAGGAUAUAGGUCUGUAACAGUUUGGAUCUAGAGUGUCACCCCCUUUGAAGAGGGGGAUGACCGCAGCAGCUUUCCAAUCUCUGGGGAUCUCAGACGAUACGAAAGAGAGGUUGAACAGGCUAGUAAUAGGGGUUGCGACAAUUUCGGCGGGCAAGAUGGGCAAGUUGCAGCGGAGGGUGCAGAGCUGGUGGCCGGGGUAGGGGUAGCCAGGUGGAAAGCAUGGCCAGCCGUAGCAAAAUGCUUUUUGAAAUUCUCGAUUAUCGUAGAUUUAUCGGUGGUUACAGUGUUUCCUAGCCUCAGUGCAGUGGGUAGCUGGGAGGAGGUGCUCUUAUUCUCCAUGGACUUUACAGUGUCCCAAAACCUUUUGGAGUUAGUGCUACAGGAUGCACAUUUCUGUUUGAAAAAGCUAGCCUUUGCUUUCCUAACUGAUUGUGUAUAUUGGUUCCUGACUUCCCUGAAAAGUUGCAUGUUCGAUGCUAAUGCAGUACGCCACAGGAUGUAUUUGUGCUGGUCAAGGGCAAUCAAGUCUGGGGUGAACCAGGGGCUAUAUCUGUUCUUAGUUUUGCAUUGUUUGAAUGUGGCAUGCUUAUUUAAGAUGGAGAGGAAAGCACUUUUAAAGAACAACCAGGCAUCCUCUACUGACGGAAUGAGGUCAAUAUCCAUCCAGGAUACCUGGCCAGGUCAAUUAGAAAUGCCUGCUCGCUGAAGUGUUUUAGGGAGCGUUUGACAGUGAUGAGGGGUGGUCGUUUGACCGCGGCCCCAUUACGGAUGCAGGCAAUGAGGCAGUGAUCGCUGAGAUCCUGGUUGAAGACAGCGGAGGUGUAUUUAGAGGGUAAAUUAGUCAGGAUGAUAUCAAUGAGGGUGCCCAUGUUUAUGGAUUUAGGGUUGUACCUGGUAGGUUCCUUGAUAGUUUGUGUGAGAUUGAGGGCAUCUAGUUUAGAUUGUAGGAUGGCCGGGGUGUUAAGCAUAUCCCGCCCCCUUUGGCAGUUCUAUCUAGAUGGAAAAUGCUGUAAUUCGGGAUGGACAUUUCAAAAUUGUUGGUGUCCUUCCUAAGAUAGGAUUCAGACACUGCUAGAACAUCAGGGUUGGCAGAGUGUGCUAUCGCAGUGAAUAACCCAAACUUGGGGAGGAGGCUUCUGAUGUUGACAUGCAAGAAUCCAAGGCUUUUACGGUUACAGAAGUCAACAAAUGAUAGUGCCUGGGGAGUAGGAGUAAUACUGGGGGCUACAGGGCCUGGAUUUACCUCUACAUCACCAGAGGAACAAAGGAGGAAGAGAAUAAGGAUACGGCUAUAGGCUUUAAGAACUGGUCUUCUAGUGCAUUGGGUACAGAGAAUAAAAGGGGCAGAUUUCCGGGCGUUGUAGAAUAGAUUCAGGGCAUUAUGUACAGACAAGGAUAUGGAAGGAUAUGAGUACAGUGGAGGUACACCUAAGCAUUGGGUAGCGAUGAAAGAGGUAGCAUCACUGGAGGUACCGAUUGAGCCGGUCUCCGCAUGUAUGGGGGGUGGGACAAAGGAGCUCUCUGAGGCUGGUUGAGCGGGACUGGAGGUUCUACAGUGAAAUAGUACAAUAAGAACUAGCCCAAACAGCAAUAGGCUAGGCAUAUUGACAUGGGAGAGAGGCAUAACGCAAUCACUGGUGUUAUUCGGGGCGGCAGGUAGCUUAGUGGUUAACAGCGUUGUGCCAGUAACCGAAAGGUCGCUGGUUCUAAUCCCCGAGACGACUAGGGGAAAAAUCUGUCAAUGUGCCCUUGAGCAAGGCACUUAACCCUAAUUGCUCCUGUAAGUCGCUCUGGGUAAGCGCGUCUGCUAAAAAAAUUAAAAUACAUUUAGAGAGGUCUAAGACAACAACUGGUAAUGGCGAUGAAAGUUUGGGCUGAGGCUAAACAGAUAAACAGGAUAAGGUACCGUGUAAAGGAAGAGUCCAGCAGGCAUCAGCUGUGUAGCUGAGUGAUCAUAAGGUCCAGUGAACAGCAAUAGCUAAAUCUGGGAGCAGUUUGUAGGCUGCUACAGCACAGGCGAGCAAGAGGCACGGCUGUUGAUUGCGCGUGCUAGCGGGCCGGGGCUGUCAGAUGGAUCUUCGUGGUCGUCGCAAUGGGAAGCCUAUUGAAACCACAUCAGACAAUUACGUCGGCAGACCAGUCGUGAUGGAUCGGCGGGGCUCCGAGGUCCCGUUCGGUUGACAGAGAAGUAGAUAGCCGGGAGAUGGGCCUGGCUCGAGGCUAGCUAACUGGUGCAUCGGGUCAGUGGUGAAUUAGCCAACAGCAGCCAUUCUGUUGCAGCUAGCUAGUUGUGAUGAUCCGUUGUUAAGGUCCAGUGACUUAGUGAUUCCGGCAGAAAAUCCGAUAUGCUCUGGGUCGAUAGCACGCUGUGCAGACCGAUAAUUGUCCAGGCUAGAGCUGGCUGGUAGGUAGUGCAGGCCACGGAGAGUGGUGAAGACCGCUGGCUAGUUUCAGCCAUUUAUAAAAAAUUAAGAAAUAAUAGAAUCUGUUCCACAUUGGGUGAGGCAGGUUGCAGGAUAGUAUAUUUGGUUACAACAAAAAAACUGGCUAUUUACACGAGGACACAACAUAAUACACGACCACACUGCUACGACAUCUUGGAGCAUGUGGGCCAGCCCCCUGGCAAUUUUAGUUAUAACCAAUGAGUCUCAGCCCAUCGUCAUUUGAGUGACAGCUAACAAGAUGCACACACAGCAGAACGAGAGAGAGAGUAAUGAUGUGGUGCACAUAUCUGCUAAUACAGUAUGUGAUGUAGUACACCAUUUUCGGGGACCACUUUUGGCUUGUGAACGCUACUUUCAGAACUACUGGCUAAAAGUAUACAAAAGUACCGGAGAAUCUCUUUAAAUUUAAGAGAGAAACCUAGUCCAAUUCUUUGUAUCUGUCUGUCUGUGUGCAGAGGCAGAAUUUUAUUAUGAAAUUCUCCCAUUGGGCAGCCUCCACAACAGCUCUAAUCAGAACAUCUCAACCUUCUAAAAGCACACAGUAGAUUUUUCUCAUUCCCUUUAACAAAGUUGAUAGAAUUAUCUCACAAUGUAGAACUCAGACACUGGCAUUAUGAACGGAAUAACAACCCAUGUCUGAGAUGGGUGCAUGUCUGCCUAUGCAAAGACACCCUCUCUCACACAUAGAGUUGAAGUCAGAAGUUAACAUACACCUUAGCCAAAUACAUUUAAACACAGUUUUUCACAAUUCCUAACAUGUAAUCCUAGUAAAAAUUCCCUGUUUUAGGUCAGUUAGGAUCACCACUUUAUUUUAAGAAAUGUCAGAAUAAUAGUAGAGAGAAUGAUUUAUUUCAGCUUUUAUUUCUUUCAUCACAUUCCCAGUGGGUCAGAAGUUUACAUACACUCAAUUAAUAUUUGGUAGCAUUGACUUUAAAUUGUUUAACUUGGGUCAAACGUUUCGGGUAGCCUUCCACAAGCUUCCCACAAUAGGUUGGGUGAAUUUUCGCCCAUUCCUCCUGACAGAGCUGGUGUAACUGAGUCAGGUUUGUAGGCCUCCUUGCUCGCACACGCUUUUUCAGUUCUGCCCACAAAUGUUCUAUAGGAUUGAGGUCAAGGCUUUGUGAUGGCCACUCCAAUACCUUGACUUUGUUGUCCUUAAGCCAUUUUGCCACAACUUUGGAAGUAUGCUUGGGGUCAUUGUCCAUUUGGAAGACCAGUUUGCGACCAAGCUUUAACUUCCUGACUGAUGUCUUGAGAUGUUGCUUCAAUAUAUCCACAUAAUUGUCCUUCCUCAUGAUGCCAUCUAUUUUGUGAAGUGCACCAGUCCCUCCUGCAGUAAAGCACCCCCACAGCAUGAUGCUGCCACCCCCGUGCUUCACGGUUGGGAUGGUGUUCUUCGGCUUGCAAGUACCACCUUUUUCCUCCAAACAUAACGAUGGUCAUUAUGGCCAAACAGUUCUAUUUUUGUUUCAUCAGACCAGAGGACAUUUCUCCAAAAAAUACGAUCUUUGUCCCCAUGUGCAGUUGCAAACAGUAGUCUGGCUUUUUUAUGGCGCUUUUGGAGCAGUGGCUUCUUCCUUGCUGAGCGGCCUUUCAGGUUAUGUCGAUAUAGGACUCGUUUUACUGUGGAUAUUGAUACUUUUGUACCUGUUUCCUCCAGCAUCUUUCACAGGGUCCUUUGCUGUUUUUCUGGGAUUGAUUUGCACUUUUCGCACCAAAGUACGUUCAUCUCUAGGAGACAGAACGCGUCUCCUUCCUGAGCGGUAUGACGGCUGCGUGGUCCCAUGGUGUUUAUACUUGAGUACUAUUGUUUGUACAGAUGAAUGUGGUACCUUCAGGUGUUUGGAAAUUGCUCCCAAUGAUGAACCAGACUUGUGGAGGUCUACUAUUUCUUUUCUGAGGUCUUGGCUGAUUUCUUUUGAUUUUCCCAUGAUCUCAAGCAAAGCGGCACUGAGUUUGAAGGUAGGCCUUGAAAUACAUCCACAGGUACACCUCCAAUUGACUCAAAUGAUGUCAAUUAGCCUAUCAGAAGCUUCUAAAGCCAUGACAUCAUUUUCUGGAAUUUUCCAAGAUGUUUAAAGGCACAUUCAACUUAGUGUAUGUAAACUUCUGACCCACUGGAAUUGUGAUACAGUGAAUUAUAAUUGAAAUAGUCUGUCUGUAAACAAUUGUUGGAAAAAUUACUUGUGUCAUGCACAAAGUAGAUGUCCUAACCGACUUGCCAAAACUUUAGUUUGUUAACAAGAAAUUUGUGGAGUGGUUGAAAAACGAGUUUUAAUGACUCCAUCCUAAGUGUAUGUAAACCUCCGACUUCAACUGUAGAUGAUAGCAAAUGAUUGAUUGCUGCUUGCAGGAGCGUUGUAAUAGACAACCCUGCUGGUGUCAUCUAAGAUCUCUGCUAGGCUACACUGUCUUGCCUAUAAAGAUGUAUUAUAGAUCUAAUCAGAGAGUAGUUUAAUUUAAUUUUUGUUUCAUGAUACACUAUUGAGUCGUACUCCGUAUUAUAGAUUCCCUGCUUUGAAUUUCCUCGCCUAGAAAACUAUUGUCUGUGGGUGUGUAUAGUUGAUCAGUAUGGGACUGUGUAGGUGAUUAUGGCAGAGAGGGAGUGAGUGUUGAUCCUGUCAUGGUUGGCCCAGAGGGCUGACCCUUUGGUUCUGGGUGGAUGGCUGAGGGAGGCUGAGGGGAGGCUGGAGUGUGAUGGCUGUACUCUGUGCUCUGUUGGCCGCCUGCUAAUUAAGACUCCUGGUCUGCCCCAUCCCCUGCUCCACUGUCUCUGCCGCAGGCUGACUAGCAUGAGGUGAGGGCCACUCCACAUUAACAUCCUGAUGACAUGGUUGUCUGAUUGAACCAUACACCCUAGAAUCUCCAUCAUCUGUCUAAUGCUUUCACAAUGACAAGAAAUGGAGGGGGAUGGUGGGAUGAAGUAUAACCAGCCCUGUCCAUUUGAAUCAGCUCUCUCUCUCCUAUGAGCUGUGUUUUGCUGGGAAAACUAUACCUAACUGAACAUCAUGAAUAACUGUCAAAUUGAAAAUAAUAUAUUGCAAAUGGAAAAGGAAAGCUAAAGGAAUAUGAAAAAAUAUUGGCCAGGUUUGAAGUGACUGUAUUGGAGUGAAUGAAAAAGUGGGAAAAUGUUAUUUAUAAUAUGUAAUUAAUCAUGGGUAUUGAUACAAAACUAUUGAUAAAAAAUCAAUAUACCAAUCAAUAAUCAUUUUAUACAAAUAAUGUACAUGAGAAAUUGCUGGCAAUUUUAUCUUGACUCCAACUUUACCAUUUCAUAAUAUGAAUGACCUAUUUAUUUAUUGUUCUUGACAUUUUGUUGCAGCCCUCCCAUGUACAGUAUGCAACAUUUGUAUUUUGAUUAUUUGUUAGGAUGAAAUUGUGAUAUGCAAAGAAAGAAAAGUAAAGGAAGGAAGUUAAGAAAGGAAAGUAUGGAAAUGUGACUGAGUCAAAAACAGAGGAGCAAGAACAAUGUUGUCAUGUGUUUACAUGUGUUGUUUUGUUUGUUGUUGUUUGGUUAGUGUGAUAUGUUGUAUGUGUUGUAAAUACAUUAUUAAUAAAAAAUAACAAAAAAAUCAUAAUGAAUAACCUCUCAGGGAUGGAUAACUCUGGCGAUCCCUUCAGUCUCCACAGAGUUAAGUAAAUCAAGAUUUUUGUUUCUUUGCACCCGAUGUAUGGAACAAUAUUCAGAGUUCCCAACGACAGUGUUUCCCAACUCCGGUCCUCGAGUAACCCCAACAGAACACAUCUUUGUUGUAGCCCCGACAAAAACACCUGAUUCAACUCACUGAGGGCUUGAUGAUUAGUUGACAAGUUUAGUCAGGUGUGCUUGUCCAGAGCUACAAUAAAAAUGUGUGCUGUUGGGGGCACUGGAGGACUUGAGUUGGGAAACAAUGCACUACAUCUGGAUGUAUUGGUACCUCUCAGGCCGUUCCUCUUUGCUGAGGAAUGUGAUUGUUUUUCUUGGUGUGUUUGUAAUUUUGUAUAUUUGCAUUCUAUGUAUUAUGUAAAUUGUGUGCAUGCAGGGCUCCCUUGUGAAAGAGUCCUUGGUCUCAAUGGGACUCCAAUGAGCUCCAAUGAGCUCCAAUGCUUCAGUAUCUCAUCAUAUCCCAGCUCAGCAUGAGAAAUGCACAUGGCUAAUGGGCUAGCUGUUUCCAUUACAAGAGCUGAGCUGCUCCACUACUGUUUGAAAUGGGAAACGGCACUCUCUGGGCUGGGGUUGCCCUUUUCACCUAACGAGCUCUGCCCUGUGCACCUCAGACCGCACUGCUGAACAACACUAUUGAUUUAUUUAUGUUUGUUUUCCCUUUUAAUUCAAGCUCUCCAGCCAAUGUCCUGUUGGUUGGCUCUGAAAGGGCUUUUUAAAUAUGUUUUGAGACACAGCUUAAACUGACAGAUUUUGAUGGGGAUUUUUUUAUUAUGUGACUUAGAUUGACGCACAGGUGCAGCAGGUACAGCAGGUAGCCUAGCGGUUGGGCCAGUAACCAAAAGAUCGCUGGAUUGAAUCCCUGAGCCAACUAGGUGACAAAUCUGUCGUUGUGCCCUUGAGCAAGGCACUUAACCCUAAAUAAGUCAUAGAGCAUGAGUUAAGCAGGAAGCAUGGGAGUACUUUAUGUUAGGGAGGUAUACGUAAUGUUUGUACUAUAUCUACCCGUAUCUCUCCACUAAAUGUUCUUCCAGAGAAUAUCAAUAUCUGUCAAGGCUGAGGUGUAUCUGGUGUGGGAGUCAGGCGCAGGACACCGAAGCUUAGUCCAACAAAGUUUACUGGUGAAACUACAAGGCAAAGAUACAGUAAACGGCCUCAAGAAAAACAGAGGCGAGCUAUACGCAAACUAUGCGUAAAACAAUAAACAAAGAAACAGAUACAAAACACGCAGCACUACGGACAGGCGAAAAACAACACACAACCUAACCAAUACAACACAGGCAACUUAUAGAACACGUAAUCAGACACAAACGGACACAGGUGUGACAGACAGACAAAAGCAAUCACACAUAGAAACAUUCAACGGUGGCAGCUAGUACUCCGGGGACGACGAACGCCGAAGCCUGCCCGAACUAGGAGGAGGAGCAGCCUCGGCAGAAUCCGUGACAGUACCCCCUCCUUGACGCGUGGCUCCAGCCGUGCGCCGACCCCGGCCUCGGGGGCGGCCAGGAGGACACGGACCCGGGCGCGUGGGAUGCCCACGGUGGAACUCGGUCAGGAGGGAUGGAUCUAGGAUGUCCCUCCUAGGCACCCAGCACCGUUCCUCCGGACCGUACCCCUCCCACUCCACGAGAUACUGGAGACCACCCAUCCGGCGCCUCGAGUCCAAGAUGGUCCGGACCCUGUACGCUGGGGCCCCCUCGAUGUCCAAAGGGGGCGGAGGGGUCUCUCCUAUCUCAUGUUCUUGGAGUGGGCCAGCUACCACCGGCCUGAGAAGAGACACAUGGAACGAGGGGUUAAUAUUCUUGUACUCAAUAGGCAGUUGUAACCUGUAACACACCUCGUUCAAUCUUCUCAGGACUUUAAAGGGCCCCACAAACCGCCGACCCAGCUUCCGGCAGGGCAGGCGGAGGGGCAGGUUUCGAGUCGAGAGCCAGACUCGAUCUCCCGGUGCGUAUACCGGUCCCUCACUGCGGUGGCGAUCGGCGCUCGCCUUUUGUUGACGGAUGGCCCGCUGCAGAUGGACAUGGGCAGCGUCCCACGUCUCCUCCGAGCGCCGAAUCCACUCAUCCACCGCAGGGGCCUCGAUCUGGCUCUCAUGCCAUGGUGCCCGGACCGGCUGAUAACCUAAAACACACUGGAAAGGUGUUACAUUGGUGGAGGAGUGGCGGAGAGAGUUCUGGGCCAUCUCUGCCCAGGGGAUAUACCUAGACCACUCCUCCGGCCGGUCCUGGCAAUAGGACCUCAGAAACCUACCCACAUCCUGGUUGACUCGUUCAACCUGCCCAUUACUUUCUGGAUGGUACCCCGAGGUAAGGCUCACCGAGACCCCCAAGCGUUCCAUGAACGCCCCCCAGACUCUGGAGGUGAACUGGGGACCUCGGUCAGACACAAUAUCCUCGGGGACCCCAUAGUGCCGGAACACGUGGGUAAAUAGGGCCUCAGCGGUCUGUAGGGCAGUAGGGAGACCCGGCAUUGGGAGGAGACGACAGGCCUUGGAAAACCGAUCCACAACGACCAAAAUGGUGGUAUUCCCCUGGGAGGGGGGUAGGUCGGUCACGAAAUCCACCGAGAGGUGGGACCAUGGUCGUUGUGGAACGGGCAGGAGGAGACAUAAACCCUCACAUCCCUAGCUAACGUUGGCCACCAGUAUUUUACGCUAAGGCAGUGCACUGUCCGGCCAAUACCUGGAUGUCCAGAGGAGGGUGAUGUAUGAGCCCAAUAAAUAAGGCGAUCACGAACCUCGAGCGGAACGUACGUCCGCCCCACAGGACACUCGGGGGGAGUAGGGUCGGUACGCAGUGCCCGCUCGAUCUCAGCAUCGACCUCCCACACCACCGGAGCCACCAGACAAGACUCCGGCAGUAUGGGAGUAGGCUCAAUGGACCUCUCCUCUGUGUCAUACCGCCGGGACAGGGCGUCUGCCUUACCGUUCUGGGACCCUGGGAUGUAUGUGAUCUUAAAAACAAACCGGGUCACGAACAUGUUCCACCUAGCCUGAUGAGGGUUCAAUCUCCUAGCUGCCCGGAUGUACUCCAGGUUACGGUGAUCAGUCAGAAUGAGGAAAGGGUGUUGAGCCCCCUCAAGCCAAUGCCUCCACACCUUUAGGGCCUGGACUACAGCUAACAGCUCCCUGUCCCCUACGUCAUAAUUACGCUCCGCCGAGCUGAGCUUCUUAGAAUAGAACGCACAGGGGCGGAGCUUAGGUGGCGUGCCGGACCGUUGCGACAGGACUGCCCCAAUACCGGCCUCGGACGCGUCUACCUCUACUUGGAAUGGUAAAGAGGGAUCCGGAUGCGCCAGCACCGGAGCCGAGGUGAACAGGUUUUUCAGUUUGACAAAUGCCCUGUCCGCCUCAGCUGACCACUGCAAGCGAACCGGACCCCCCUUUAACAGGGACGUAAUGGGAGCUGCAACCUGUCCAAAGCCCCAGAUAAACCUCCGGUAGUAAUUAGCAAAACCCAAAAACUGCUGCACCUCUUUUACAGUGGUUGGAGUUUGCCAAUUACGCACGGCCGACACACGGUCAACCUCUAUCUUCACACCAGACGCGGACAACCGAUAACCCAAAAAGGAGACGGACUCCUGGAAGAACAAGCAUUUCUCUGCCUUGGCAUACAAGUCAUGCUCCAACAGUCUCCUCAACACUCGGCACACCAGGGCUACAUGCUCGGCUCGUGUAGAAGAGUACACUAGGAUGUCGUCGAUGUACACUACCACACCCUGCCCAUGCAUGUCCCGGAAAAUCUCGUCAACAAAGGAUUGGAAGACUGAAGGAGCAUUCAUUAACCCGUAUGGCAUGACGAGGUACUCGUAAUGACCCGAGGUGGUGCUAAAUGCUGUUUUCCAUUCAUACCCCUCCCUAAUGUGCACCAGAUUGUACGCGCUCGCAUAAUGAUUCCGUCAUAGUCGCAAUCAGUGGAAGAGGGUAACUGUACUUAACCGUGAUCUGAUUGAGACUACGGUAAUCAAUACACGGGCGCAAACCCCCGUCCUUCUUCUUCACAAAAAAGAAACUCGAGGAAACCGGGGAAGUGGAGGACCGUAUGUAUCCCUGUGCCAAGGACUCGGCUAUGUAAGUCUCGAUAGCCGCUGUCUCCUCUUGGGAUACACACGGCUCCGCGGAAGUGCCGCUCCUGUUUGGAGAUCUAUCGCACAAUCCCCCUGUCUAUGAGGUGGUAGCCGUGUUGCCCUCGCUUUGCUGAACACAAGUGCUAAAUCCUCAUAUUCAGGGGGAAUGCGCAUUGCGGGCACUUGGUUCGGACUCUCUACCGAGGUCGCCCCUAAGGAAACACCUAGACAUCUCCCUACACACUGGGCAGACCACUCCAUAAGAGCCCUCUGUUGCCACGCAAUGGUAGGAUCAUGGGCGCUUAACCAGGGAAGCCCCAGCACCACGGGAUACGCAGGAGAGUCAAUCAGAUAAAACUGAAUGAUCUCCUCAUGACCCCCCUGCGUCGUCAUCUUAAGUGGUGCUGUGACUUCUCUGAUCAACCCCGACCCCAACGGCCGGCUGUCUAGGGCAUGAACAGGAAAGGGGGCUUCUACCGGCCGAAGGGGAAUUCCUAACCUAUAACAAAAUGCACGAUCAACAAAAUUCCCAGCUGCGCCUGAAUCUACUAGCGCCUUAUGCUGGGAAUGAGGUGCCACCUGUGGAAAUCUCACAGGUAUACACAUGUGACCAACAGAGAGCUCUGGGUAAGUGGGGCGCCUACUCACCUGGAAUGACUCCCCAGUGCGUGACCUGUUGUCCCCUCUCCCAGGAGACCCUCCCCAGCACCUGGCCGCGGUGUGUCCUCCACGGCCACAGUUGGUGCAGGGGAUGGCCCCCCUCGGGCUCUCUCUCCUCCUCUCUCUAGCGCCAGCACCUCCGAGCUCCAUGGGAAUCGGCUCGGAGGUGCUGGAGGGUGGAAUGGACGACCCCCACACGGGACGUCCGCGGGUAGCCAGCAGGGUGUCGAGACGGAUGGAGAUGUCCACCAACUGGUCGAAGGAUAGGUUGGUGUCCCUGCAGGCCAGCUCACGACGAACGUCCUCUCGUAGGCUACACCGGUAAUGGUCGAUGAGGGCCCUCCCAUUCCACCCCGCAUCCGCCGCUAGAGUCCGGAACUCCAGGGCGAACUCCUGUGCGCUCCUCUUCCCCUGUCGGAGGUGGAACAGACGCUCCCCCGCCGCCUUCCCCUCAGGUGGAUGAUCGAAGACAGUCCUGAAGCGGCGGGAGAACUCCGCGUAGGUGAUGGUAGCGGCGUCUAUUCCCCUCCAUUCGGUGUUGGCCCACUCCAAUGCCUUGCCGGAUAGACAGGAGAUGAGGGCGGAGACGCUCUCGUAUCCCGAGGGCGCUGGGUGUAUGGUGGCCAGGUAGAGUUCCACCUGCAGGAGGAACCCCUGACACCCGGCUGCAGAACCAUCAUAUGCCCUCGGGAGCGAGAGUCGAAUGCCACUGGGUCCCGGUGCUGAGAGAGGAGGACUGGCCGUUGGUGACGGGAUGGUGUGAGAAGGCGUGGGCACCUCUCCCGUAACCAACCGGCGCAGAGUGUUGGACACCUCGUUCAUGGCGGCCCCAAGUUGCCGGAUCAUGGUGUCUUGGUCGCUGAUCCGAUCCUCCAGCGACUUGGGUGCCGCCACUGCUCCUGCUGACUCCAUAAAGGUGUGUUGUUCUGUCAAGGCUGAGGUGUAUGUGGUGUGGGAGUCAGGCGCAGGACACCGAAGCUUAGUCCAACAAAGUUUACUGGUGAAACUACAAGGCAAAGAUACAGUAAACGGCCUCAAGAAAAACAGAGGCGAGCUAUACGCAAACUAUGCGUAAAACAAUAAACAAAGAAACAGAUACAAAACACGCAGCACUACGGACAGGCGAAAAACAACACACAACCUAACCAAUACAACACAGGCAACUUAUAGAACACGUAAUCAGACACAAACGGACACAGGUGUGACAGACAGACAAAAGCAAUCACACAUAGAAACAUUCAACGGUGGCAGCUAGUACUCCGGGGACGACGAACGCCGAAGCCUGCCCGAACUAGGAGGAGGAGCAGCCUCGGCAGAAUCCGUGACAAUAUCAUUUGUACUACUCUCUAAAUGCCCAUUGAUGCUGGGUUUCCCUUCUUCCUGCCAUGUAGAUAAACAUACUCAUGGUUUGGACAGUGUGAAACCACUUGGAUUUAAAAUGGGAUGAAAGUCACUGGAGACAGAGGGGAAAUGCCUGCUUUGCAGAAAUGGCCCAAUUAAAAGGUCAUAUUGAUUUGGGUUUAACUGUCCUAUAAAAACAAGAACGUGAGAUGGGAAAAGCGAUACCACUGGAUUUUUUAAAAACAGAAUUAGUGCCAUUCUCUUCACCUAAUGGGAUCAUAAACCAAAUUGCCAGCUGGCAUGAAAUGCAUUUUUCAUCACCCCUCUGCCAUAUUAAUAGUCUACUUUAUCCUUGAAGAUUGGAAAAACUAAGUCAUUUGGUUAGGCUUCACAUUACUAUUUUAUGAUUUGCUGUGGCAGAUAUAUGAGCUAUGUUAUAUGUGUGUAAAUGUAUACUGUACUACAUGAAGAUUGUGUGUGUGAGUGGGGGGUGGGGGGGGGGGGGGGGGUUGUCGGCAGAGGAGAGGUAGAGAGGUUUGCCUGUUUUUGUGCUAUAGAGAGAUACAGGAGAGAGGUUGUUUCUGUAUUGUUGUAUGUAGGUAGCAUAACCCCAAAAAAAAAGACUCAAAUACAUCAUCAAUAAUUAUUGUCAUUCAUUUAAGUAACAGUCAUGGAGUAACCAACACGAGGAAUGCAGUUCCAAAACACAGCACAUUAUGCCUUUCUCCUCUCCCUACACUAUACAUUCUUAGAAAAAUAGUUAUUCGGCUGUCCCCAUAGGAGAAUACUUUGAAGAACCGUUUUUGGUUGCAGGUUGAACCCUUUUUAGUUCCAUGUAGAACCCUUUCUACAGAGGGUUCUACGUGGAACCCAAAAGGGUUCUCCUAUGGGGACAGCCAAAUAAACCUUUUUUUCCUAAGAGUGUACUUCACACAGUGUCUGAAGCUCUUUUCUAUAGACCUUACUUUCAUACUGCUACCCACUUUUAAGUUUUCAUUUACAUUUCAGUCAUUUAGCAGACGCUCUUAUCCAGAGCGACUUACAGUUAGUGAGUGCAUACAUUUUUCAUACUGGCCCCCCGUGGGAAACGAACCCACAACCCUGGCGUUGCAAGCGCCAUGCUUUACCAACUGAGGUACAGGGGACCUGAGGGAAUUCUCUCUUCUCACAGUUUUUAUUGGGAGAGAGAAUGUUGACUAUUCGUUAUGUACAUACAGUGUGUGCCAAGCCUUUUGUUUGCCUCUGCAUUUCAACAAUUCACUUUAUUCAAAACCUGGCUGCCUCCCACAUGGUUAAUAAUAGGGGAUCUGCAAUGCAGCCUCAAACCAGCCAACCAUUAUAAGUUCAGCAGGAAAUGCUGGGAUUUUUUGUAUUGUUUUAUGCUGUAGUAUUCCUUUCUUCUGUUGUGGAAGAGACAUCUGAGCUCAGCCAAAGAACAUGCAGUGGAAAGUGGCUCAAAGCUGCUGUAAAUGAAAUACGCAAUACACAAGAACUAAGAACUGAGCGUCUGAUUCGAGACAUGCUUCAGAACAAUGAUUAGUCUCAUGUUGGCUGUUGCCACAUUGAAUACAUUCCACAUCAAAUAUCUUCCUUGUAAAAUGGAUCCUUAGUAUUCUGUUAUUCUUGAGUCGACAUCUGACUUGUAAGCAUCAGAUCCAUUUAGCUGUUGUUGGCGUGUGAAUAUUAUUUAUGGAGGUUUCCCUGCUCAACGCUCAGUGGGGAUUUUCUCUCAGUCCUUUAUUCACAGCACAGGCUUUUCAAACCAAGACUCUCUGCCCAGAACAAUUAGAACAGGCCUUGAGCUUCACGACUUUCAGUCCAGAACUCCAGACAGAGUUUACAGAGGUCUUUAAUCCAACCAUCUCCAGAUGUCUCCAAUAGAUGAGAUCCAGCGCUUCACUAACAGCGUUUCAUUGACUGCGCACACUCAUCAAAAAUAUCCCCGUAGAUCAUGUAGCUAGAUCCGGAGGGCUGUGUAAGCCCUCAGUUCCUUUGAAAUCAGGCUUAUAUAAAAGCGUUCACAUUCAGUCCAAUUGGUGCUGUUAAGAGUACACUCCUCCAAUAAUUGUAUAGAGAAAUCACUCCAGGGUGUGCUGUAUGCAUGGUGGGGAUUAUGAAGUGAACACCGUUCAUCAAAAGAACUGCAUGGUAAGCCAGUGUUGUUGGUACACUCGGUCAUUACAGAUGUACCACUAAUCUUUCUUUCUAAAUACAUCAAUAGAUCCCUGCAGUCAGCAUCUGAUUUAAAAAAUACGUUUUCCAAAAGAAUGUUUAAAAUUAUAUAUAAAUGGUCAGCUGCAUAUGUUUUUGAUAUGGAAAUUGUAGGUUUUGCUUAAAUACUCUGUGAUUGGUGGGAUGAUUUCAGUAAAACUCUGUUCUUGAUCAUGAAGUGUGUUUGCAAGAGGAAGCUCACAGAUAUUAUUCUAAUUCGUCUUUGGCUAUGACAACUUGGCCUUGACUUUAAAAAGCAGCAAGCUGUCAAAUGUCAUGUCAAACCAGCCAGUGUAAAGAGACAUGAAAUUACAGUCGAAAAAAUCUCCCUCUAUUACUUCCUUCUCUCGCUCUCUCUCGCUCUCUCAGGGAGGUAAGAUCCCGGUGAGGUGGACAGCCCCUGAGGCCAUUGCCUACAGGAAGUUCACCUCAGCCAGUGACGUGUGGAGCUACGGCAUCGUCAUGUGGGAGGUGAUGUCAUUCGGCGAGAGGCCGUACUGGGACAUGAGCAACCAGGACGUGAGUAUUACACAACUUCCUGUCCUUGCAGUAUCAACAGAUAUGUAACUGUAUUAAAAACUGAGAAUACUAUGAUCAUGUAUUUUAAUUACUCAUUAGUAUUUUGUCAUUUAUAUUACACUGGGCUGAAUUAAACUCCAAUGUAUUUUGUAACAAGAUACUUUUCAAAAUACAAAAUACUUUUCUAUACCAUUUUUUUAUAGUGGUUCACCAUUUUGUGGCCCUCUUUCUCCCUGCAUUGGUAUACAUUAACUAAAUAUACAUGUACAGUGCAUCCUGUUUCCAUUGAUCAUCCUUGAGAUGUUUCUACAACUUGAUUGGAGUCCACCUGUGGUAAAUUCAAUUGAUAGGACAUGAUUUGGAAAGGCACCCACCUGUCUAUAUAAGCUCCCACAGUUGACAGUGCAUGUCAGAGCAAAAACCAAGCCAUGAGGUCGAAGGAAUUGUCUGUAGUGCUCCGAGACAGGAUUGUGUCGAGGCACUGAUUUGGGGAAGGGGACCAAAACAUUUCUGCAGCAUUGAAGGUCCCCAAGAACAAAGUGGCCUCCAUCAUUCUUAAAUGGAAUAAGUUUGGAACCACCAAGAAUCUUCCUAGAGCUGGCCGCCUGGUCAAACUGAGCAAUCGGGGGAGAAGGGCCUUGUUCAGGGAGGUGACCAAGAACCCGAUGGUCACUCUGACAGAGCUCCAGAGCUCUUUGUGGAGAUGCGAGAACCUUCCAGAAGGACAACUAUCUCUGCAGCACUCCACCAAUCAGGCAGGCCUUUAUGGUAGAGUAACCAGACGGAAGCCACUCGUCAGUAAAAGGCACAUGACAGCCUGCUUGGAGUUUGCCAAAAGGCACCUAAAGGACUCUCAGACCAUGAGAAAAAGGAUUCUCUGGUCUGGUGAAACCAAGAUUGAACUCUUUGGCCUGAAUGCCAAGCGUCAUGUCUGGAGGAAAGCUGGCACGGUGAAGCAUGGGGGUGGCAGCAUCAUGCUGUGGGGAUGUUUUUCAGCGGCAGGGACUGGGAGACUAUUCAGGAUCGAGGGAAAGAAGAAGGGAGCAAAGUACAGAGAGAUCCUUGAUGAAAAUCUGCUCCAGAGCUCUCAGGACCUCAGACUGGGGCGAAGGUUCACCUUCCAACAGGACAACGACCCUAAGCACACAGCCAAGACAAUGCAGGAGUUGCUUCGUGACAAGUCUCUGAAUGUCCUUAAGUGGCCCAGCUAGAGCCCAGACUUGAACCCGAUCAAACAACUCUGGAGAGACCUAAAAAUAGCUGUGCAGCGAAGCUCCCCAUCCAACCUGACAGAGCUUGAGAGGAUCUGCAGAGAAGAAUGGGAGAAACUCCCGAAGUACAGGUGUGCCAAGCUUGUUCACGGUUGGGAUGGUGUUCUUGGGGUUGUACUCAUCCUUCUUCUUCCUCCAAACACGGCAAGUGGAGUUUAGACCAAAAAGCUCUAUUUUUGUCUCAUCAGACCACAUGACCUUCUCCCAUUCCUCCUCUGGAUCAUCCAGAUGGUAAUUGGCAAACUUCAGACGGGCCUGGACAUGCGCUGGUUUGAGCAGUGGGACCUUGCGUGCGCUGCAGGAUUUUAAUCCAUGACGGCGUAGUGUGUUACUAAUGGUUUUCUUUGAGACUGUGGUCCCAGCUCUCUUCAGGUCAUUGACCAGGUCCUGCCGUGUAGUUCUGGGCUGAUCCCUCACCUUCCUCAUGAUCAUUGAUGCCCCACAAGGUGAGAUCUUGCAUGGAGCCCCAGACCGAGGGUGAUUGACCAUCAUCUUGAACUUCUUCCAUUUUCUAAUAAUUGCGCCAACAGUUCUUGCCUUCUCACCAAGCUGCUUGCCUAUUGUCCUGUAGCCCAUCCCAGCCUUGUUCAGGUCUACAAUUUUAUCCCUGCUGUCCUUACACAGCUCUUGGCCAUUGUGGAGAGGUUGGAGUCUGUUUGAUUCAGUUUGUGGACAGAUGUCUUUUAUACAGGUAACGAGUUCAAACAGGUGCAGUUAAUAAAGGUAAUGAGUGGAGAACAGGAGGGCUUCUUAAAGAAAAACUAACAGGUCUGUGAGAGCCGGAAUUCUUACUGGUUGGUAGGUGAUCAAAUACUUAUGUCAUGCAAUAAAAUGCAAAUAAAUUACUUAAAAAUCAUACAAUGUGAUUUUCUGGAUUUACAGACCUCUACAUGCUUUGUAAGUAGGAAAACCUGCAAAAUCGGCAGUGUAUCAUAUACUUGUUCUCCCCACUGUAUAAAUAUGUUUUUAAAUAACAGUAUUAGGACGUUCUCUGAACGUUGCUAAAGUUUUCUUGUGAUUUUUAUGGAACGUUUUCUUAAUGUUCUUGGAACAAUUUGAGAACAUGACUUUAAAUAGAACCAUGAGGAAACCUGUAGGAAAUGUUAUGCUGAAGUACCGAAAUUCCCACAAAAGAACAUUGUUUCUUAAUGUUCUCUGAACUAUUUGAGAACAUUCCCAAUGUCAAACCAGUUGGAGAACAUUCAUAGAACACUACCAAAAUGUAAAUGAAAUGUAACCAUGUUUGAACUUUAGGAAACAUUCUAUUAAAGUAAUGAAAUACCAAGAAAAUAAUGUUUUUUUGUCAAGUUCCUUAAAUGUGCUGAGAAUGUUCCAAAGCCAAGCAACUAUCCUGCACCAUUCCCAAAAAAUUGUGGGAAGGUUGUAUGCAAAAUAAUAAUAGGACAACCAUGCUCUUAAGAAGUUCUAAGAAACAUUAGGUUCUCAGAACGUUAUGUGCUUGCUGGGACUGGUCUCCUCAAAUCUCCAUAGCAAAUAUUACACUGCAGAAUUGUUGUUGAUCUGCCUGUCUGCCAGGCUUUCUGUAGUUGUGUGCAGUUGUUAUUCAGAACAGGUGUAGUGGCACUGCUGUGUCCACCAGCACAGCACUCUGUAAGUCCUUGGAGUAACCCACCUAGAGAUGCUGGAUGACUGUAGGUAAAGAAGAUUAUUGUUGACAGCACGGCUCCCGGUUUACAAUAGUCCUGCCCCAGCCACUAACGAGAUCUCCUGUAGUGAAUCCCUAGACAGCAACUCUCUCGCCUGCCACUCUCCUGCAAUCAAGGUUGAAUAGUCAGGGGGCGGGAGAAGAUUUCUUAACAGAGACCAGCUCUGGUUAUAUAGUUGCAGUUCAUUAAAUUCUCACUCUCUCCUUUUUUUCUAUUUUACAAGCAAUCAGGCCCCAGCCCCCGCAAGGAAGCUGGCUGCUGCCGGUCGCUAUGGCAAAGCGUUAUUUUAUGGUGUGGUGAUUGACGGCUGUCUGGAGAGACCACCCUCUCUCUGAUAAAAGGGGACUCAGGGAAUGGGCAUAUAUCAAAAUCCCUCCGUUUUUUUAAGCAAUUAUCAGCUGCAGUAUCCAUUGUUCUGCCUGAAGUUCAGCUGCUACACAGAGACCAGGGAAAAUCUGCUGAGGAUCGUAUGGAUAGAGAAAAUAGAUUAAAUCAAAUGCGAUGUUACUGUAACUUUUGAUUGACAGAUUUGGAGGUAGAGUGAAAAUAUCAGGGUCACUAAGAGUGCACAUUUCUGUGUAGUUAAAUGAAGCUUUACACAUUGUAUUUGGUGGAUUUUUCCUCUCUGAGUAGCCAGUGUUUACACAAACACAAAGCUAGGUAUAAUACAGGGCCAAGCAAUGACAAGCUGUAGAGAAGCUUAAGUUGGAUAUGAUGGUAUCAUUGGAACUGUGCCAAUAAAUCCUAUUAUAGCUGGCAUCCGCUGUUCUGUUCCGGUGUUCUGAAAUCUCCAAUCUGGAAGCAGUUCAGUUGCAGGUGUCUGGAAACAUACAGCACAUCAAAAACCUUUGUCAAUUGGUUAUGAACUCUUCCAUGAUCCAUGGAACGUUAUACAAAACAUUUCAAAACCAAUAUGAGCAUUUUCCAUACUGGAUUCGUUUUUUUCUUAUUUCAUGUUUUGCUGCCAAACCAACACCUUUGUCCAUCCCUUUAGUCUAUGUCCUUUUAAUCCUCAGUCUCCCAGUGUGGUCUGCUAUGUCCCUCUCUGUUUCCUUCCUUUCCUCUCUUGUAAUGUGCCAUCUCUUUCUCCUCUCCUUCUCAUCCAGGUGAUCAACGCCAUAGAGCAGGACUACCGGCUGCCCCCUCCCAUGGACUGCCCCACAGCACUACACCAGCUGAUGCUGGACUGCUGGCAGAAAGAUAGAAAUGCCCGGCCCAAAUUCAACGACAUCGUCAACACGCUGGACAAGAUAAUCCGCAACCCUACAAGCCUCAAAGCUGUGGCCACCAUCACUGCAGUGUAUGUCUGCAAGAACUGCCUUGACUCGUAACAUUACUCAUAGUGCACAUUCUGAGCACGUAGACUACUGUAUAUUACUGAUAAACCUUUCCAAGGUUUCUCCUUUUUAUGUACCCCCUAUCCUGUUCACCCCUCUUCCACAUCACUUUGCUGUUUCAUCCCUCUCUUCUCUCCUCUUUUUCUCAACAGGCCUUCUCAGCCCCUGCUAGACCGCUCUAUUCCAGACUUCACUACCUUCACCUCUGUGGAGGAUUGGCUAGGUGCCAUCAAGAUGGGGCAGUACAGAGACACUUUCCUGGGCUCUGGCUUCACCUCCCUACCCCUGGUGGCUCAGAUCAGCUCAGAGUAAGUCCUGAGGCCCAACCUCAUCAUAUCUCACCCACCUAAUUUUUCCAUCUUAUCAGGAGUCUCAGGAGAUACCAAACAGCAAAACCCUCCUAUCACUAUUCACUGUAGCAAUACAACAUUUGGUCAGCCCUUGAACAGGCAGAUGGUUCCCAAAAUUACUCUGGAGGAAUGUUACACUAGCAGUCGUAGAAUACACACACACGUCUGCACACACAUGCGCACGCACACACAAGCACGCAACACACGCAUUUGUCACAGAUUACAGAAGGUCUCAGAAGUAUUAUCCCACUAUAAUUAGAUUUGCACUCUUCUAGAUGUAGCGUGUUGAGGCAGGCUGGAAUAUAUUUUCAAUCAGGUUCACUGAGAGCCAACCAGCCAGGCAGGCCAUUGCAGUCACACAUCCACCUUCAGAAAGCUGUCUCAGAUGUCAGAAUAAUGGGAAUCAUGCUUCUUGCUCAGACAGGAAUAAUCCCUCAAUAAACGUCCAUAGGAGAUCAGGGCUGUCAUACUUCAAAUCCACCAGGCAUUCAGAGCUCUGGAUAGAUCUAGAUCGGCAAGGUCUCCGUCUUACUAAUCACUUUGAUUUGAUAGAGUGGCACGACUAAAAAUGUUUUUUAGGACAAAGGAUUGCCUUUGGUUGUUCAGACUGAUCAAAUAGGUGUCCCUUUGACGGCUACACAACAAGUCAGCAACAAUUCCCAGCAGUCCUCAAUUAAUUAUGUCCACUCUGGGCUUACCAUUGUAAAUACAAACAGUAAACAGAUCUUGUGCUUAUCUCUAGCAGGGAGUGUAUCUGGCACAGUGUAUACUGCGCUGGAAACAGGCCCUAAAUAUUUCUCUCUGCUCUGCCUCAAGCAGAAAAUAUUAUACUAUUGUCUUUGUGCAUGGUAUGAUAAUGUUUGUGUAUGUAUUUGUACAUGUACAAUAUCCAUAGCUCAGUAAUUCCAUCCAAGCACGAACACACAGACAUGAGGUACUGUACUAUGAACACCUCCAUCCAUCAGCCUUGUUGUUGACACUGUUCUCGACUAACCUGUACCCCCACACAUUGACUCGGUGCCGGUAACCCCUGUAUAUAGCCUCAUUAUUGCUUGCACUAAGAUUGCACUCAAUGAGCUGUAUAAGGCCAUAAGUAAACAGGAAAACGCUCAUCCAGAGUCAGCGCUCCUAGUGGCCGGGGACUUUAAUGCAGGGAAACUUAAAUCCAUUCUACCUCAUUUCUUAGCAUGUUAAAUGUGCAACCAGAGGAAAAAAUAUGCUAAACCACCUUUACAUUUUAAUCAUUCAGCAGACGCUCUUAUCCAGAGCGACUUACAGUUAGUGAGUGCAUAAAUGUUUCAUACUGGCCCCCCGUGGGAAUCAAACCCACAACCCUGGCGUUGCAAGCGCCAUGCUCUACCAACUGAGCUACAGGAGGGCCACACACUGAGACGCGUACAAAGCUCUCCCACGCCCUCCAUUUGUCAAAUCUGACCAUAACUCUAUCCUCCUGAUUCCUGCUUAUAAGCAAAAAAUAAAGCAGGAAGUGGUCAGAUGACGGAGAUGCUAAGCUACAGGACUGUUUUGCUAGCACAGACUGGAAUAUGUUCUGGGAUUCUUCCGAUAGCAUUGAGAAGUACGCCACAUCAGUCACUGACUUCAUCAAUAAGUGCAUCGAUGACAUCGUCCCCACAGUGACCGUACGUACAGUUGAAGUCAGAAGUUUACAUACACCUUAGCCAAAUACAUUUAAACUCAGUUUUUCACAAUUCCUGACAUUUAAUCCUAGUAAAAAUUCCCUGUCUUAGGUCAGUUAGGAUCAGCACUUUAUUUUAAGAAUGUGAAAUGUCAGAAUAAUAGUAGGGAGAAUUAUUUCUUUCAGCUUUUAUUUCUUUCAUCACAUUCUCAGUGGGUCAGAAGUUUACAUACGCUCAAUUAGUAUUUGGUAGCAUUGCCUUUAAAUUACUUAACUUGGGUCAAACAUUUUGGGUAGCCUUCCACAAGCUUCCCACAAUAAGUUGGGUGAAUUUUGGCCCAUUCCUCCUGACAGAGCUGGUGUAACUGAGUCAGGUUUGUAGGCCUCCUUGCUCGCACAUGCAUUUUCAGUUCUGCUCACAAAUGUUCUAUAGGAUUGAGGUCAGGGCUUUGUGAUGGCCACUCCAAUACCUUGACUUUGUUGUCCUUAAGCCAUUUUGCCACAACUUUGGAAGUAUGCUUGGGGUCAUUGUCCAUUUGGAAGAACAAUUUGCGACCAAGCUUUAACUUCCUGACUGAUGUCUUGAGAUGUUGCUUCAAUAUUUCCACAUAAUUUUCCUUCCUCAUGAUGCCAUCUAUUUUGUGAACCAGUCCCUGCUGCAGGAAAGCACCCCCACAGCAUGAUGCUGCCACCCCCGUGCUUCACGGUUGGGAUGGUGUUCUUCGGCUUGCAAGCAUCCCCCUUUUUCCUCCAAACAUAACGAUGGUCAAUAUGGCCAAACAGUUCUAUUUUUGUUUCAUCAGACCAGAGGACAUUUCUCCAAAAAGUAUGAUCUUUGUCCCCAUGUGCAGUUGCAAACAGUAGUCUGGCUUUUGUAUGGCGGUUUUGGAAGCAGUGGCUUCUUCCUUGCUGAGCGGCCUUUCAGGUUAUGUCGAUAUAGGACUCGUUUUACUGUGGAUAUAGAUACUUUUGUACCUGUUUCCUCCAGUAUCUUCACAAGGUCAUUUGCUGUUGUUCUGGGAUUGAUUUGCACUUUUCGCACCAAAGUACGUUCAUCUCUAGGAGACAGAAUGCGUCUUAUUCCUGAGCGGUAUGACGGCUGCGUGGUCCCAUGGUGUUUAUACUCGGGUACUAUUGUUUGUACAGAUGAACGUGGUACCUUCAAGCGUUUGGAAAUUGCUCCCAAGGAUGAACCAGACUUGUGGAGGUCUACAAAAUUUUGCGGCACUGAGUUUGAAGGUAGGCCUUGAAAUACAUCCACAGGUACACCUCCAAUUGACUCAAAUGAUGUCAAUAAGCCUAUCAGAAGCUUCUAAAGCCAUGACAUCAUUUUCUGGAAUUUUCCAAGCUGUUUAAAGGCACAGUCAACUUAGUGUAUGUAAACUUCUGACCCACUGGAAUUGUGAUACAGUGAAUUAUAAGUGAAAUAAUCUGUAUGUAAACAAUUGUUGGAAAAAUUACUUGUGUCAUGCACAAAGUAGAUCUCCUAACCGACUUGCCAAAACUAUAGUUUGUUAAGAAAUUUGUGGAGUGGUUGAAAAACAAGUUUUAAUGACUCCAACCUAAGUGUAUGUAAACUUCCGACUUCAACUGUACAUACCCCAACCAGAAGCCAUGGAUUACCGGCAACAUCCGCACUGAGCUAAAGGGUAGAGCUGCCGCUUUCAAGGAGCGGGACUCUAACCCGGACACUUAUAAGAAAUCCCGCUCUGCCCUCCGACGAACCAUCAAACAGGCAAAGAGUCAAUACAGGACUAAGAUUGAAUCGUACUACACCAGCUCUGACGCUCGUCGGAUGUGGCAGGGCUUGAAAACUAUUACAGACUACAACGGGAAGCACAGCUGCGAGCUGCCCAGUGACACAAGCCUACCAGAAUGGCUAAAUCACUUCUACGCUCGCUUCGAGGCAAGCAACACUGAAGCAUGCAUGAGAGCAUCAGCUGUUCCGGAUGACUAUGUGAUCACGCUCUCCAUAGCAGAUGUGAGUAAAACUUUUAAGCAGGUCAACAUUCACAAGGCCGCAGGGCCAGAUGGAUUACCAGGAUGUGUACUCUGAGAAUGCUUUGACCAACUGGCAAGUGUCUUCACUGACAUUUUCAACAUGUCCCUGACUGAGUCUGUAAUACCAACAUGUUUCAAGCAGACCACCAUAGUCCCUGUGCCCAAGAACACUAAGAUAACCUGCCUAAAUGACUACUGGCCCAUAGCACUCAAGUCUGUAGCCAUGAAGUGCUUUGAAAGGCUGGUCAUGGCUCACAUCAACACCAUUAUCCCAGAAACCCUAGACCCACUCCAAUUUGCAUACCGCCCCAACAGAUCCACAGAUGAUGCAAUCUCUAUUGCACUGAAAAUAUUUGGCAUGGGUCCUCAGAUCCUCUAAAAGUUAUACAGCUGCACCAUCGAGAGCAUCCUGACUGGUUGCAUCACCGCCUGGUAUGGCAACUGCUCGGGCUCCGACCACAAGGCACUAUAGAGGGUAGUGUGUACGGCCCAGUACAUCACUGGGGCCAAGCUUCCUGCCAUCCAGGACAUCUAUACCAGGCGGUGUCAGAGGAAGGCUCUAAAAAUUGUCAAAGACUCCAGACACCCUAGUCAUAGACUGUUCUCUCUGCUACCGCAUGGCAAGCGGUAGCGGAGCGCCAAGUCUAGGUCCAAAAGGCUUCUUAACAGCUUCUACCCCCCAAGCCAUAAGACUCCUGAACAGCUAAUCAUGGCUACCCAGACUAUUUGCAUUGCCCCCCCCCCCACCCCACCCCACCCCAACCAUCUCUUUUACGCUGCUGCUACUAUUAUUUAUGCUUAGUCACUUUAACUCUGCCCACAUGUACAUAUUACCUCAAUUACCUCGACUAACCGGUGCCCCUGCACAUUGACUCUGUACCGGUACCCCCUGUAUAUAGCCUCCCUACUGUUAUUUUAUUUUACUGCUGCUCUUUAAUCAUUUGCUAUUUUCUAUUUUUUACUUAUCUAUUUUUUACUUAACACUUUUAUUUAUUUUUUCUUAAAAAUCUGCAUUGUUGGUUAAGGGCUUGUAAGCAUUUCACUGUAAGCCCUGUUGUAUUCGGCACAUGUUGCAAAUAACAUUUGAUUUGAUUUGAUUAUUGUUCUUUUAUUGUGUUACUUUUUUUACUUUAGUUUAUUUAGUAAAUAUUUUCUUAACUCUAUUUUCUUAAAACUGCAUUGUUGGUUAAGCGCUUGUAAGUAAGCAUUUCAUGGUAAGGUCUACACCUGUUGUAUUCGGCGCAUGUGACAAAUAACAUUUUAUUUGAUUUGUUCCUCUUGUUUGUCAGAGACCUGUUGAGGAUAGGAGUGACCCUGGCCGGCCAUCAGAAGAAGAUCCUGAGCAGUGUCCAGUCUAUGAGGGACCAGAUGGCCCAGUCCCCCACCUCCAUUGCCUGACCACAGGGGGCGCCACCACCACCACCCAGAGACAACCCACCAGGGAGCCCAUAGGAGAACUCCUGAUGACCCUAAAGAAUACACCCGGGUGGAGACACUAACCUUGAUUUAA